CAAGUUCCCCUUCCGCUUCCUCCUGCCUCCUGCCCCACUGCUGCUGCUCCUCAGCCGGGCCUCUCCCGCCUCUCCCGCCUCUCCACACCCCUGGUGCCUGCAGACACGCUCCUGGCCCUGAGCUGUCACCGCUGCCACCGUCCAGGCUCCAGACACGAUGCAAGCCAUCAAAUGUGUGGUGGUGGGAGAUGGAGCCGUGGGCAAGACCUGCCUUCUCAUCAGCUACACCACCAACGCCUUCCCGGGAGAGUACAUCCCCACUGUGUUUGACAACUAUUCGGCCAACGUGAUGGUGGACAGCAAACCUGUGAACCUGGGGCUGUGGGACACUGCAGGGCAGGAGGACUAUGACCGCCUCCGGCCGCUCUCCUACCCCCAGACGGAUGUCUUCCUCAUCUGCUUCUCCCUUGUCAGCCCAGCCUCCUAUGAGAAUGUCCGUGCUAAGUGGUUCCCUGAGGUGCGGCAUCACUGCCCCAGCACACCCAUCAUCCUGGUGGGCACCAAGCUGGACCUGCGGGAUGACAAGGACACCAUCGAGAAGCUCAAGGAGAAGAAGUUGGCACCCAUCACCUACCCACAGGGCCUGGCACUGGCCAAGGAGAUUGACUCAGUGAAAUACCUGGAGUGCUCGGCCCUCACCCAGAGGGGCCUGAAGACUGUCUUUGAUGAGGCGAUCCGGGCUGUCCUCUGCCCGCAGCCCACGCGGCCGCAGAAGCGCCCCUGCAGCAUCCUUUAGGGUUACACUCCAGCCCUCCCGCCCAGAUGGUUCUGACCCUCCAGGGCCCCAAGCAAAGCCUGAUGGUGCCCCAGCUGGUCACGCUGUCCCCUCCUUAUGGCGUUUCUUAGCAGAUGGCUACAGAGCUUGGUUGAUGGUCUUCUCCGCAGGGGAGAGCCCCCGGGGCGGGAGGGUAUGAAUUUGUAGGCGCUGCAUCCCAGUCUUCUCAUGUUCCUGCCUUCCUGGCAGCCAGCUGGAACCCCAGGGCUCAGUAGGCCACCCUGUGUCACUGCGGUCAGCACAGGGGGCUCACAUGGAGGCAUCUACUCAUUUACCCCAGUGCCACCUGAUGUCUGACUCCCCUCUGGAAACUUCAGGCCACAUGGCUUUCCAAGACAGGGAUCUUACUCCCUCCUGAGACAGUCUCCUCCAAUAUCGAUGGUCUUGCUUAUCUGAAAGUUCUACUGAACAAAAAUGCACGUCUUAGAACUUUUCUCCUCUGGCUUCAGUUCUCCUUUUUUUAGGGCAACACGAAAUAAAUCAAGUUCUCUAAAUCUUUGAGAUACCUGCCCAGCCAACUGAGAGUCUGGGUUCAGCUGACCCCUGUCAUCUCUCAGGACUUUCUGUUCUGCCGGUGGGAUCCUGAGCUUCAUUUACCUGGGGAAAUCUUAAAACUUUCAUGCCCUGUCAGUCAGGACUUUUGCUAUUGCAAAUAGAAAACAUAAUUCAACCUGCUUAAACAGAAAUGAAAUUUAUUGAUUCAAGGUUGGAAUAAUCAUGACUUCAGGUGUAGCUUGAUCAAGGGGGCUCAAAUGAUGUCAUCAGGGUUGGUUUUCCUGUACUCUUUAGCUCUGCCUUAACCUUCUGCUGGCUGGUUCAUUCUCAGGCAGGUGACUAUUAUGACUCUCAGGGCAUCAGCCUUCCAAGUUCAAGUUCAGCCAAAAAGAAUAAGCAUCUGUCCUAGGCGAAGUUCUAACUCAAGUUUAUUCCAAUAGGACUAGCUUAAACCUGGCUGUUCAACCAAUCACAUUAGUCAGAGGCGUGCCAUGGCCUGAUUGGUCAGUCCUAGACCAUAUGCAGAGCUUGAGCAAAGGGUAGAGACAGCCCCCAUGAAACUGUGUGUGAGAGGGAGGAAGGGUUGGUUCCCAAACGGAGACUGACAUCUUGGCUAGAAUUUGGAAAUUUGGUAUCGGACACCCAGAAACCUACAACCUUCACUAUUGGAGGUCACAGGAAGGUGUCAACCUAAUAGUGUAAGGAAACGAUGCUAGGUCUACCAGGCACUAAGUGAAGACAAGUUGCUUUAGGAGAUGGAGUUGCUGUAAGGAUUUAAGAAGUUCACGUAUAAAGUGUAACAGUGCUCUGCACAGUCAGUCCUUCUUGGUGUUUGCUAAGGCAUGGGAAGGGGCCAGAUUCCCCACUCCUGAGGAUGAUUCCUCUUCUCCAUCUAAACUUUUCAUUCAUUCAACACAUAUUUAUUAGUUGCAUCUGCAGUGCCAGGCACUGUUCUAGGUUUAGGGAAUCCUGCAGUGUACAAGCGUUUCUGCCCCUGGGGCAGCUGGCAGUCUAGAGAGGCUAAGAGAUAUAAGAGCCCAUCCCUGAUGGUCCAGAAGUCCCCCAGUGCCCAGCCAAGGAAAUGUUUUGGGUUUCCAUUUUCCGCUUUCCCAGAUCUCCUGACCAACCCGACUGUCCUCACUGAGUUCUGACGUGGAACCUCCAGGUCACUUGCCUCCUGGGAGUAGCCCCUCUUGAAAGGGACUGGGUGCAGUGGGGAAACCCCUUGGCUGGCUUUGCUAAUUUUAGCUCAGAAAGGGUCAUUAUAUUUUUAAUGUUACUUCUCCUUUGAAACCUGAAAACCACAUUAUAACCCAUACACACAGCACAAUAUAGAUUUAGGUGGACAGAUCCCACAAUCCAGUAAGUUCAGUGUUUAAAAGCCCUGGGAUGCCCCCUCCAGUUAGCCAGAGUCAGAGAAGACCUCUUUCUGUUCCUGAACUUUACAAGGCCUUGGGAUAAAUUCCAGACCCUUAGUCACAGCCCUGGAGGCCUGGCCAUCCUUUACCUCCCUCUCCCUUCCUACACUCAGACUUGACUCUAAUUUCCUCAAACCCCUGUUCUUGCUUCUUUUACCCUGAGCCCUCUGCACAGGCCUGUCCCCUUUCCUCAAGUCCUUUCCUCCCUCUUCUCCUUGAACUUCCCUGCAGGCCACAGGUGCUGGGGUCUCUUCCAUGUGUGUUCUACCCCCUAAGCCUAGCCCAGUAAUGACAGCCCUUGCUUUGAUACCAGUAAUAAUGUCAGUAAAUUCCUUCAGUCAUUGCAUUGUCUCCCGAUGCACAUAUUAUCUCAUUCUAUCCUUCUAAUCACCUUCCAAGGUAGGUACUAGUUGCCCCAUUUUGCAGAAGAGGAAACAGCGGCACAAGAGAUCACAAGAGUUAGAGGAGUUAGAGCUCAGGUGGAGAAGGCAGACACUGUACUUUCCCACUCUCUGUGGCUACUAGCAUCCUCCUUGCUACCAAAACCCCAGUUUUGUUCAGGGCAGCAAUGUACCCAGUACCUGACAAGAUUCAGUACAACCUCCAUAGCUGGCCACCUCCCUACACCAACCACUUCUUUAUGCUGACCUAACUUUCACAGACAGGACAUGCACUACAUGUGUGUAUCAGUACAGUAGGCCUUGUCCCUUUCAUUGACCACCUCUGUCAGUUGACUACAUUGUUACAGUCCUUUGGGUGGUCAACUUACAGAGGUUGUACUGUACUUGUUUUCCCUGCCAGUGAAUGAGGAGAAAGAUAACAAGAGCCUGGGCCCUGACAGCAUCAGUUGGCAGCUGAACUGCAACCAACAGCUGCCUGUUUGUAGCUGAGGUUCCAAAGGCACACAGUUUUGGCCAACAAGACAUAAGAGAAAGUCAGCCAAAGAGGUGGCUUCUAUGAAAGUAUUUGUUUUCUUCUGUAAAAAAUGACAGACCUAACCAAUACUGCCCUUUGUCCUGUGUCCUUCCCUGGCUUCAAUACUGAUGGGAUGUCUGGAGCCACAGCAGCCAUCUUGUGAGGUUGAAGUCGCAGCAUGAAGGUAUAAACCAACAUGCUAAGAGUGAAUGAGGAGAAAGAUAAAAAGAGCCUGGGCCCUGACAGCAUCAGUUGGCAGCUGAAUUGCAACCAACAGCUGCCUGUUAUGGGAACAAAGGAAAAUGAAAUCACCCCUUUAUGUCACCAUUGGUCAGGCCUUCUACUACUGUUAGCUGACAGCAUUUGUAACUGAGGCCUUAGAACUCCUAGCCCAGUGAUAUUCCCAUUGUAUCAUGUACCCAGCAGUCACUGGAUGUGGGUAAGUCUCUUGUUUCUGCCUCUCAGAUGGGAAAGAGAAACCUUGUGGGAAGUCAGCAAGAAUCUGUUUUGAAACAGGAAGAACUGCUGGUGGUGGGUAGGAACCGACAACACAGUGGUGCUCGCUCAUGUGACAACAGCCACGCUCAAGUGCCCGCCUAGUGCCAGGCCUGGGCUGGGUGUCCAGGGCUGUUUGUAUCAGACUCGGCCCCUUCUUGCUAUGAAAUCCCAGCUUGGUGGGCGAGGAGAGCACCUGUCAGACAAGACGGUGUCAACUGCAGCUUUGUCUCACAGCCUGGCUGCUCCCCAUUCCUUCCUCCAAAGAAGAGGCUCUAAAGUCCUCCAGGCUCCUCUUGUUCUGUCACCCCAGCUUUCACUGGUCACCAAGGCUGGACAAUUUGACUUCCCAAUACCUAUUAAAUCCAUCCUGUUGUCCCCGCUGCUGCUGCCUCCUCGCUGGCCCUCCUGCCCCCCCAUCUCUGCCUGUGCCUUGUUUUCCACCAGGCAGCCCGGGGAUCAUCCUUGUUUACAAAUGUAAACAUACCACUCAGGUGCCCGGGCAUCCUCCUCCCUUCAAAAAUGCUCACACACCCCCUGGCUCAUUCAAUCAUUUAAUCAUUCAGCAAAUGGUUCCUGAGACCACAUGCCAGGCUGGGCGCAGGGGCUCACGCCUGUACUCCCAACACUCUAAGAGGCUGAGGCAAGUGGAUUGUCUGAGCUCAGGAGUUUGAGACCAGCCUGAGCAAGAGCGAGACCUCGUCUCUAAAAUUAGCCAGGCAUUGUGGCGGGUACCAGUGGUCCUCCACUACUCAGGAAGCUGAGGCAAGAAGAUUGCUUGAGCCCAAGAGUUGGAGGUUGCUGUGAACUGUAAUGAUGCCAUGGCACUCAACCCAGGGCAACAGAGUGAGACUCUGUCUCAAAAUAAAGAAAUAAAUAAAUAAAAAGACCAUUCAUCAAACCUAAGGUUAGACAGUGAGUCAGGUGUGUGUCCAGGUCUGUCCCAUCCGCCUCUCGUCCUCCUUAGAGCAGUGUUACUCUGCGCGUGUUCUUCCCAUGGCAAUCACAGGAGCAUAAGACAUCAUGCUGUAUUACGCAAGCAUAUUUAAGACCUCUGCUCACACUCCAGAUGGUGGAGUCCACCCAGUGCCAUGGGGCAGGGAAGGGAGUUCCUCCCAGAGUUGGGGGAGAAGGGAUAUUUGGUGAGCACCAACCCGAACUCUCAUACCUCCUGACUGGUCUCCUGGUUUCCACUUGCCCUGGGCUGUGGUUUUAUCUCCACAGGGAAGCCAGACUGAUCACAAUAAAACACAAAUCAGAUCAGAUCACUCCCUUGUUUAACAACUUCCACAGUGACUGGGUGCCUGUAGCUCAAUGGUUAGGGGGUGGCAGGUUCGAACCCAGGCAGGGCCUGCUAAA